AUGCAACUGUACAUAGGAGGAUUAAAGGAAUUCUCACAGGAGAAGGAGAUAGAAGAGUAUCUCUCACAGUACGGCAAGGUACAAUCACUGAAGAUAUACAAUUCAUACGGAUUUGUCACAGUAGAUGAAGUAAUUGGUAAUAAAAUACUAGAAGAUUCUCAUGAAAUGAAUGGUAAUAAGAUAGUUAUAGAGACAGCCAAGGGACAGAAAGGGAAUGUAUCAGAAUAUAACCGUAGAUAUAUACAGAGGUAUAAGAAACCAACGGUAAAAAGAGUCUCUAGACUAAUUAUAGAGAACCUUCCUAAGAAUAUUGACUGGUCUGAAUUACGCUCAUUUAUUCUUAUGAGUGGUGCCAGACCAACUUAUCUUAGGAUACUUCCAUCUGGUGAUGGCUUAUUAGAAUUCAUUAACAGGCAGGACAGGGAUAUUGCAUUAGACAGGUUAAAUAAUCAGAAUUUCUAUGGUAAGAAUAUUUGUGCUAGGUUUGGCAGGAAACGGUCGGAUAUUAUAUCUGGAGUGAAGAACAAUUCUUAUUCUGAUGACAUAUCUGAAGUAAAUUUAGACAAAAAAUAA